AUGUCUCCUGCUGUAAAGAACAACACUGCUGAGCCUAACUUGGACAUCAGCUUCCAAGACUACCUCAUCCUCUCAAAACUCGUUUUCGACUGGGCAGACAGCUACGAUGCAAAGGACUGGGACCGCCUACGCAGCAUCAUCGCCCCAACCCUGAAGGUCGAUUACACGAAAAUCGGACUGAAGAAAUGGGACAAUAUGGCCGCUGACGACUAUAUGGCUAUGGUCAGCCACCCCGGUUUCCUGGGUGACAAGACUAUCAAGACCCAACAUUUGCUUGGCCAGACAUGGUGGGAAAAGGUCUCCGACACUGAGGUUAUCGGUCACCACCAGCUGCGUGCGGGUCACCAAGUCUACGAGACUGAGGCCUUGGAGACUGUCAAGUUGCGUGGUCACUCCCAUGCUACGAAUGAACAUUACUACCGUAAGGUCAACGGUAUCUGGAAGUUCGCUGGCUUGAAGCCAAAUGUGCGCUGGAAUGAGUUGCGCUUUGAUGAGGUUUUCAAGGGUAUUGACUAG